AUGGAGGAAGCGCUGCUCGGAACGCUGGCGCAAGUUCUUGAGAGCAAGUGUCCCAAUCACGCCCUGAUUUUCCCAAUCAAUGAACUCCUGCUCAGCCAGCAGGUUUCACUGAUAAAGCCGGCACACCAACGACUAAUGUUCGUGCAUCCCGAUCCGCAUGGCAGCGGUCCCAACGGUACUCUUGACGCUCCAUGGGAGAUCUUCGAGCACCAACAGGAACAUUUCCUGCUCGGCACUGAUGCAAAUCGAACACAGCCUCGAAUUAUAGAUCGGGAAUGGAUCGAUAUGGAGAUAAUCCAAGCAUGGCGGCGAGAGUGCGAAGACAGUCACGCUACUAGCUGCGCCACUAUCGAGCUGGAUGCACCCGUUGACUCCCAUUCGUUGCUGUUGGUGGACGCCGUCAAUCAAUGCCUGGUGUCCAAGACAACAUCCUGCCGCUACGUUGCUCUGAGUUACGUCUGGGGGCGGACCAGCACUUUCACCACUACCAAAGCAACGCUCGAGCUACUCUGCAAGCCGGGUGCCUUGCAGCAACCAUCUACGCCCAACUUCAAAAUCUCCCGCACAGUGUCUGAGGCAAUCCUAAUGACCAAAGUCCUAGGAGAGCGCUAUUUGUGGGUGGAUGCGCUCUGCAUCGUCCAGGAUGGAGACGACAACUCUAUUCAACUUAAUGCUAUGGCCAUGAUAUACGCCCGAGCCUGCUUGACAAUCGUGUCUGCCCAUGGUGAGGACGCUAAUGCUGGCUUUCGGGGCCUCCGCAGAGUCGGUCUACCUCGACAAGCUCGUCAGCGCAUAGCGCAGCUAACGCCAAAUCAGAGUCUUGUGAAACCAAGUUCCAAGCAGGUCUGGGACGACUCGAUGUUACAGCCGUGGAGCACUCGUGCAUGGACUUACCAAGAAGCUAUGUUCUCACGCCGGAUGCUUAUAUUUGCUCACAACUCGGUGAGGUGGCGCUGUAAGACGGCUCGAUAUAGUGAGGAGUCCGAUUCUCCUGACUGUGUACAUUCAUACGCCACUGCUGCGCAGCGGCAUUAUAGCUGGUCCUCGCCACAGCUGACGCCCUCACCUGUGCCAAACCUGGGCGAGUUUGAGGCUCUGGUCAAUGGGUUCAACUGCAGAAGGCUGACACGUCCUGAGGAUGCCCUGCCCGCCUUUGCCGGAGUGUCACUGCUGCUCGGGAAGAAGCUUCGGGGAAGCCUCAUCUCUGGCCUACCAGAGUAUUUCCUGGAUAUCUGCCUUUUGUGGCGGCCGCUCCGAAGACUGGGUCCUGCCCAGCGUAGAUUGGAGAUGGUACCAUCGGACCAACAUUGUCUGCCGAGCUGGUCGUGGGUGGGAUGGGAAACGGAAAUCGCCUUCCCCUAUACCUGGAACUAUUCCAGCAAGCUCACUGGCCCAACACCCAUCAUGCUUGGACAGACUCGCUAUUGGCUCGAGCGACAUCGUAUCUAUUGUUCAAACCACCCAGAAACAGAAAAGGAUUUGGAUCAUUUGACCAACGCCUGGUGGCUCGGGGACGCUACUGUGGCGCUAGACGGUGAGAUGCCUCCAGGAUGGCUCAUACGCAAAAUCGCGCCAGGAUCUUCUGCCUCUCUUGCACAAGAUUACCUGGUGCUCGGCGAGGUCUCCAUCUAUCAGCACGAGUCGGACCAAUCAGUUGACUUUUGCUUUCCGGUCGAUCUUGAAGAGGAACCAGAAUCUAUCGAACCACGAACUGAGAAAUACCUCCAUUUCACCACGAACUCCGCGAAUUUUCGACUCGGAGAGGUCCGUGGAAUCAUGACUCGCGUGCACACCUUGGACGGCAGGCCUGCUGGGACGCUGUGGCAACACGAUGAAGCUGACGAAGACUUUGUGUGCGCCACAAGUGGGCCCUUGCAGUAUCGGCGCAGCGUCGAGCUCGUAGGCAUCAUGAGCUGUCUUAUUCCGAAGACUGAUAGUAUCGUCUGGGACGUCGACGAAAUUGCCGCGCCAGAAAGCCUCCGUGAUGACAGCCCAAUUGCUUCAUUCGAGGAUAUCCAGAAUGUCAUGUGGAUACAAUGGAUCGGUGGAAUUGCAUAUCGCAAAGCCACAGGUGUGGUCAAAGAAGAGAUCUGGGAGUCGAUUGCGCUUGAUAAAGUCGACGUAACGCUGGGAUGA